CCGGAAACUUCGUAACGUGCUGCCUCUCUCUCUCCCUCUCUCUCUCUCUGCCACACACACACACACACACACGGACUCCACUUCCAACAAGCGGGACAGUUCAGAGUGAAUCGAGAAUCUCCAUAAACCAAAUUCAUUGAAUCAAAGAGGAUUCUUGUGACGAACGGUAUGAUCUUUUCCAACCGCCUUCCUAUACACACAAUAUACAUAUGCUAUCUAGAUUAAGCAACGGAGGUGGAGGGUUUUGUCAUUAGAAAUCAAUUCUACAUGAUAUUACCAGAUUAGAUAAGAGAUGGCAUUUUCAAGAAUCGAGCUUUAUCUGCAUUUGUAGAAUGCAGGCACUAGCAUACAUCUUGAAGUCGACCGAUGAAGAGAACUCUUGGAUGUGAAGGUCUGGAUGAGAUAAAGGAGAGAAUAAGUCUAACAAAAUGGCUCAACCCGGAGCUCCAUCUUUCGGUGCUGAUCCUGAAUCUUUCGUAUCUUCUCUGAACCCUUCGAGCUAUUAUGUUAAUACUAUUGGGAGGCACAAUGCAUGUGGGGCUGGAUUUCCAGGCUUAAAGAAGAGAACUCAUAAUCUUGGAAAUCGGUCUUGGAUAUUGAUUGAUACCAAAGGGAACUUGGAAGUUGUGGAACUGGAUAAGUCUACUGUCAUGAGGCGUUGUUCAUUGCCUUCCAGAGAUCUCAGACUUCUGGAUCCUUUGUUCAUCUAUCCCUCCUCGAUAUUAGGUCGUGAGAAGGCUAUUGUUGUGAGUCUUGAACAGAUUAGGUGCAUAAUCACAGCUGAUGAGGUUAUAUUGAAAAACUCUGUAGAAGAGUCAGUGCAACAGUACAAAUAUGAGCUGUGCAAGCGUCUUGAGGUAUCCAAAGAUAAUUAUGAUUAUCUACCUUUCGAGUUCAGGGCUUUGGAGGUUGCUUUGGAACAUACAUGUAUGUCACUUGAUGCUCAGGUUAAAGAUUUAGAAUUGGACAUAUAUCCCGUGCUUGAUGAAUUGGCCUCAUCCAUAAGCACCCUCAAUCUGGAGCGUGUACGUAGAUUCAAAGGGAGCCUUCUGGCCUUGACUCAGCGAGUGCAAAAGGUUUGUGAUGAAAUAGAGCAUCUGAUGAACGAUGAUGGUGACAUGGCGGAGAUGUAUCUAACUGAGAAGAAAGAAAGAAGGGAUAUACUUACCGACAGUGAUACAUGCAAUCCAGUCAAUAUCUCAGAAGAUGUAAAUUUUGGAUCCAAAUCUGCUCCUGUUUCUCCAGUGGGAUCAUAUAGUGGAGUUCACAGAUUGCAGAGAGCAUUAAGCACCAUGAGUACCAGCAAACACGGAAGCUUCUUGAGCUCUUCUUCUGCUGCAGAAAAUAUCGAUCAGCUUGAGAUGUUACUCGAAGCAUACUUUGUUGGCAUAGACAACACACUCAACAAGUUGCUAUCGCUUAAAGAGUAUAUUGAUGAUACUGAGGAUUUAAUCAACAUAAAGCUGGGAAAUGUCCAGAAUCAGCUGAUUAAAUUUGAGUUACUUCUCACAGCUGCUACCUUCGUGACUACCAUGUUUGCCGUCGUGACUGCAGUUUUUGGAAUGAAUUUCAAAGACACUGUGUUCGACGAGCCCUCUACAUUUAAUUGGGUACUUAUAAUUUCUGGAGUCUGUUGUGUAGUGGUGUACAGUCUCUUUUUGAUCUAUUUCAGGCACAAAAAAGUCAUCCCUUAGUGGUAUAUGUUACUCAAGUUACAUUCUUUCUCAGGAAUUGUCAAUUGAUUGGUCAUUGCUGCCUAUGGUUUACAUUUUGAGCAAAAAAAUUCUCCUAGUUUCUGCAUUUGGUUGAAAAUGUCGAGUUUUGUUGGAGAAAAACUAGUCAUUUUAGUUGAGUUCUUUCUGUUUUCCACCAGACGUUCGAGCGAUGUUUCAUUCGAUGCCCAUGAAUCAUUUAGUUGUCCUUCCUGCAGACCUCCAUCAAGAACAUUCCUAAUUUGGCAAAAAAAACACAUCUUUAUUUUUUGACCUCAUUGCUUUGUAUCUGUACAAGUAAGCUAUAUAUAUACACUCAAUAUUUAUGGUACCAGUUUGCAGCUGAAAUGUACAUCACAAUCAAAAUUUAAAAUUAAAACCAGAGCCUGAUUUCAUUCUCUCUA